AUGCAUAUGUGGAACUUUAUCGCCUUUACUCUGCUUUGCAGUGUGCAGAGCCUCUCGGGCUGCCUGUGGAUUCAGCACGGAUUCAGGCACGCGAGCAGAGAGUCGCUGUCGCUGCUCGAUCAGAUGGGUGGAGAUUUUACAGAGGAUCGUGUGCCUGUCCCGUUCCCAAACCGCCUCUACAGAAGCGUCAGCAAGGCGCAGGUUGAGGAUAAACUCACGUUCCUAUCUGAGACCUUCGAUCAGAUCAUUCAGUUAUUCAACGGGAAGCUGGAUGCCGUGGCAUGGAACAAACAGAAACUGGACCAUUUUCUGGCCGUCCUUGAUCGCCAGUCUCGCGAACUUAAGAAAUGUGUUCCUUCCUCGAGGAAAUACAAACAGAGUCUUACUCGAUACUUCAGGAAGCUGAAGAAGGACGUGUUGAAACAGAGGAAUUUCGACUCAUCUUCCUGGGAGCUCGUCCGAAAAGAAGUGCGGCGUCACCUCCUGAGGCUGGAUCUCAUGUCAGCUACUGGCAAGACCGAGAUGAAAUAAUGCAAGCACGAUUCUC